CACACCUCGCUGCACUUUCUAAUCAGAAAGUUUACCUGAGCAGAUAAUAAAAUAAUAGAUUAAAGAAUCCAGGCAUUUGAAAAUAUGGAACUGAGCUGGGAGAUAGUACUUGUCGUGGGCAUUGCGGUGCUGGUUCACAUUCUAGUAUACCUUUUCGUCAUGGGUAAGCGGCCAAGGAGCAUAGUGGGACGUCAUGUGGUGGUCACCGGCGGCUCCAAGGGGAUCGGAUUGGGUCUUGCGGUAGAGUGCGCCAUGAAAGGCGCCAAUGUGACGGUGAUAGCGCGCGACGAGAAAAUGCUAAGCGGAGCUGUGGCUCUCAUGGAAGUGAUUCGCCAGAGACCGGAUCAAAAGUUCCAGUACAGGAGUCUGGACAUUGGCGGCGACUAUGAGCAGGUGGCCCGAGUGUUGGGUGAGAUAGAGGAGAGUUUCGGUCCCAUAUACACGCUAAUAAACUGCGCCGGCAUGGCCAUUUGCGGAGUGUUUGAGGAGGUACCCGUCCAGGACGUGCACAAGCUGAUGAACGUAAAUUUCUUCGGCACCUAUAAUUGUACGCGCUAUGUCCUACCCAAGAUGAAAAAGGCGGGCGAGGGCAUCAUUGUUAUCACAGCCUCGCAGGCGGCGAUGUUUGGCAUCUAUGGCUAUGGACCUUAUUCGUCGACCAAGUAUGCCUUAAGAGCAAUGGCCGAAACGAUAGCCAUGGAGUCACGAGAGCACGGCGUCAGCGUAACAUUGGCAUUGCCCUGCGAUACAAAUACUCCUGGAUUUGAGGAGGAGGAGAAAACGAAGCCAAGGGAGACCAAAAUAAUUUCAGGUGGCGGAGGCCUAAUUGAACCAGAGGUCAUGGCUAAGGCCAUUCUUAAGGAUGCAUUGAAGGGAAACUUUACCUCUACAGUGGGAGCGGAAAGCUGGUUGAUCACCACUUUGGGUGGAGCUUUACUUCCUUGGGAUGGCUUCUUCACCAAUCUGCUGCACGCUAUCGUUUUAGGACCACUGCGAAUGGUUAGCUAUGGACUGCACAAGUAUUUUAAUAGUGUCAUUCGAAAAUGCGCUCGAGAAGAAAAAACCCAAGGCUGAAUCCGAGGUGGAGACCAAGUAGAUGAGACACUUCCUUGCUGUUCUCUUUAGAAUUCUGAGUGCCUAGUACAUAAAGUCCACUUUUUAAGUAUUUAAUAUUUUUACAUUUACCAGUAAUUUUUAGAUGUCUACUUUAAAGUUGUUAUUCUCGUCGCACUGUAAAGUCGUUAAUUAGAGUGGGCUUGAAAUGUUGGUGUCUGCAUCCUUUUAAUAAAAAAUGGAUUUAUUAAUUCAAGCUAUUUUUAAACUA